AUUUCAAAAAUAAAUAAUAAACCUUUAUUGAUAACGUGAUAAUACCUAAAAAUAUGUAAAUGUAUUGCUAAAUAAUUAAUUUAUUUAUUUUCUUGGUUUAUGAUUGAGAUAUUUAUAAUUUUAUGCGAGAAUGGAAGAUUUUGAUGUUUUCACAAAUGAAAUAGAAUUCUCGGGGCCAGCGUACAAACACAUACUGAAUAAGUACGUAACAGAUAUUCCAUGCACACCUAACGGACCUAAUUAUGAAAGUGGCAGAAAGCUCAUGGCUGAAGAAUGCUUAGCUGAUGGUAUGGAAAAGGAGUGUGCUUUUCACUUUAGUGAAGCUGUGUCCUCAUCAGUAAGAACCUUGGCAGUUUACAGAGAUGAGCAGAUACAAAACACAGGUAACAAAUUGAGCAAAAUUACCAAAUAUAUAAAACCUGUGAAAAAUAUAAUCUCUUCAAAUACAAUAACAAAAGAAGAAGCGAGUCUCCUCAAUUUAUUACCAAAUGAUGUUGAAGAAGUCACAGAGAUCCUCAAGAAUUAUGAACCUGACGAACUACCUUUACAUAAGAAAUAUAUGAGGUUUAGCUCUGAGAACAACGUAAACAAUUUUCUAAAGAUAUUGAAACAGUUUCCUAAAGAAUGGACAAUAAUACAAUUGACAGCACCCUACAAUCCAAACGAAAACCUAAAGCCUUUCACAGAAUACAGAACCGAAAUAAGUUCCAUAUACUUAACUCUAUUGACUAACGACUACAUGGAUCAUACGGAUAUUGAGCCAUUUACUGUGGAAGUACCAGCUAAUAUAACGAAAGUUGGGGAAAAGCCACUAUUUGAAGAGCUUUAUUCAUUGCUGAUCGAGAACUACAACACCAUCGAGAAAGCACAGUUUUUAAAUAAUAAAAGGCUGAUAAAGAACUAUUGGAGUAGACGUGAGGAUAUUGAUCUAAGGAUAAAGAGUGUAAUAAAUGUAAUGUACAAGGAGUGGCUUGGCGGAUGGUCAAGUCUUCUAACGGGAAAGUUCGAAGACUCUGCACUAAGGGAAAAAGUGAUAAAACAAGUUGAUACUGCUAUAUCUGAUUGGGGGUUCAUAAAGUUAACGUCGAAACAAAAAACAUUGCUAUACAAUCUACUAGGAAGCAGCAUAUUGCUGUCUUCACAACAAAUCAAGUCAUGCAUUCGAAUGAUACUCACUCAACAUGGCAACCCUGAUGAGGUUAGACAAGUUUUGACCAACUGCGAGAGCUGCAGUAAAGAGUUUAGACUUCUAAACGAAUUGUGUUUUGAGUGCUUGUCGGAAUGUUUCGAGAAAAUUCACCAUUUCAAUAUAGUGGAUGGGAUAAAAGCAUUUUCUGAUGUAGCGACUCAGAUUAAAGAUGGCGACGAGUGGACAGCGUUGCGGAAGGCGAAACGACAUCCUGUUAUACUUAUUGUCGAUGAAAUGUUAGAUACAUUUCCAUGGGAAACCCUGCCCAUAUUGAAUCACCAGCCAGUUUCGCGGAUAGAAAACAUCCACUUCUUGUACAGCCUGUAUAAGGAGCAUGAAGACAAAAUUGUUGAUGGGUAUUUCGCUGCGGAACCUAAUAUCGGCCGAUAUGUUAUAAAUCCAGACAAAAAUCUCGAACGCAUGGAGCUAAGGAUGAGCUCUUUCGUUAAGUAUUGGUGCGAAUCGUGGAGCGGUCACAUCGGAGAGCCUCCUCCGCCUGAAGAAUUCCUUGAUUAUCUUUCGACUUCCGAUAUAUUCUUGUAUUGUGGUCACGGCGACGGGUGUCACUUCGCGAAGGGUGCUGCGAACGGCGCCGGGGUCGAGGGUGCUUCGGGCCGCACCACCGCACUGUUGUCAGGCUGCGGCUCCGUGCGCCUCAGCCGCGCGCCGGGCAGGACUCCGCCCUCGGGGGCGCAUCACCACUUGCAUAUAGCGUCGUGCCCAAUCGUCAUUGGUAUGCUUUGGGAAGUGACGGACUUGGAAGUUGAUAAGGUGGUGAGCACACUUCUUUCUCUCUACGUGCCAUCCGAUGCACCUGUGGAUUGGAAGAGUGUAGGGAAGGCGAAAUGGAGUCAGGGACUAAUUGAGACGAGCAUAGAGCAGAAAUCCCAGUACAGCCCGGAGCGUGAUUUACUGUUAGCAGUAAGUCGAGCCCGAGGAGCCACCAGCUUUACAAUGAUCGCCAGCAGUCUGGUCGCACGCGGUCUUCCCGUCAGGAUACGUGAUAAGUAAACUAUUUGAGGCUGAUUGCAUUAUAAUUGUAUAAAAAUUGAUUUUAUGAUUAAAUAUUUUUAUUAAAUAAACUUAUAAUAAUACAAAUAAAU